AGAGAGAGAGAGAGAGACGGUGAGUGAAAGUGGGGGCAAACGAGAAUUCCCUCUCACUCAGUUAUCAUCCUCAUUUAAGGAGCUUGCAGCAUUGAGAGAGAAAGAGGAAAAGACAAAGAGUCAAAGCCGUGCUCAUUCUCACAGCCUCUAUCUGCAACAAAAAAACAAUCCUCUUUUUGUCACAGCUGGUAUUGCACGCAGAGGUGAUGGCUGAGGUGGAGCUCCUCUCCACACCACAUAAUAUUCAAAUCAGCGAGGUGACCUGUGACUCCUUUCGGAUUGCCUGGGAAAUGGCCCAUGAGGACAUGGCCCGAGUGACACAUUACUUCAUCGACUUAAGUCGUAAAGAGGGCAGAGAGCACAAUCGCUUUAAACACAGAGAUGUCCGCACCAAGCUUGUGGCGAAGGCAGUGCCUCUGCCAAUGGCAGUGAGAGGCCACUGGUUUCUGAGCCCUCGAAUUGUGUACUGUGUGGCUGUGCAGACCGCCAUAAGACAGCCUGAUGGAGACUACAUAGUGUCUGAAUGGAGCCAAGUGGAGGAGUUCUGCACUGGGGAUUAUUCCAUGGAUCAUCUCCAGCAGCUGUUGGACAAAGCUCAGACUGCCACUGGAAGACUGCUCAGGUUCUCUGUGUUCUAUCGCAAUCAGCAUCCUCAAUAUUUCAAUUAUGUGAGGUCAGAGUGUGGGGGUGCAAUGCUCCCGUCUCUUAAAGACAACAGUGGAAGUCACGGCUCCCCCAUCAAUGGCAAAUUGGGAGGGGUCUUCCUCAGCUGCAACACAGAAUUUGACACAGGCCUCCCUCCUAAGGACUCCCCGUACGGCCCCCUGCGCUUCCAAAUCUAUGCUGAGCGUCUCCUUAACCUGAGUACUAACCUUUACUUUGCUGACUUCUACUGCAUGUACACAGCUUACCAUUAUGUAGUCCUGGUGCUGGCCCCUGCUGGAUCGGAGGGGGAUAUCUUUUGCAAGAGCCGCCUCCCAUUACUGGACCUAAAAACCAAUCCCUUCCUAACAUACACCCCCGGAGAUGAACCAGUGUUUUGUCAUGCCAGUGAUGUUAUACUGGAGGUGUUGUAUACAGAGCCUUUGCUUUUGGAGCAUGGAACCCUGGCACAGAUCAGCGGCCACCACCAGUUAAUGAGCCUCUCCACUGCAAAUGCCAAAAAAGACCCCAGCUGUAAGGUGUGUAAUAUCAGUGUGGGCCGUUGAACUGCAAAUGAAAGCCUGGAUAUAGUUACUGGAACGGAAACUGGUCAACUGGACCUUGUUUAAUAAUGAGAAUUUUGUUGGUGGUCACCUGAAAGUUCAAUAUGCUGAAAUAUCAGAUUCUCAUCAGAAUCAGAACAAAUAUUCACAUGAUAUAAAAAGGGGUAGUGCAGUACCAUUCAUUUCAAAAUGUGUAGAAGGCAUUGCAAAAAAAAAAAAAAAAAAAAAAGACAGGAAAAAAUAAGUGUGAACAAUGUAAAUUAUGAGUAAAAUUGUUAUUUGUUAGACUGAGGAAUGUCAUGGUCCUAAAAAUCUGGGUCUAGCGAUGAUUUUGUUAUGAAACCGAGCCAUAAGUCGUGCAUGUCAAAUACUAAGAUAUACUUAGAAAUGCAUAAUACAUCCAAAAAUGCUGUUGGUUAAUAAAAUAAAGGAUUUGCGUCCAUA